AUGGAGGGGGAAGAGGAGGAUGUGCACGCCUUCCCCCUUGCUGAGAAGGGCAAAGCCAAGGAGAGGGAAAGCGAUAUGCCACAGGAAGAUGAGCACGGUCUUGUUGUUGCCAAGAGGAAAUCCUUCUCUUCACUCAGAGGAAUGAAGUCGCGAUUUGACGAGUGGGCCGAGGGCGGCGGCAAGCCAGCGCUCCUUCUCGCAUCUCGCAUCUUGUGGAUGGUCGUGUUCUCGGGCCUUGCCGCCAGCAUACAGUUUUGGAUUCCAAGCCUCUAUGCGCCAAACAGCUCCCACAAGGGCAUCAACGUGACCGUCCUGCUCUUCAACCUCAUCGGCUGCUUCAUCAUCUCCAUCUGCACCGCGUUCAAACAGGUCAAGUUUCAGUACAUGCAGUCCUACCUCAUGUACGAUGGCUUGCGUGCGGGCUUCUGCAGCACGUUCACCACCUUUGGUAAUCUGAUAGAGGAUACCGGCCGGCUCAUCCUGUCGGGCAUGUGGUGGUUGAGCUUCAUCAACCUGUUUGCCACGUUCAUUCUCUCCUUCUGCGUGUGGGAAGCUGGACGCUUCGUGGCGAGGCGCUGGAAAGGUGGUGUGGCCUACAGUAAGAUAGAACAGGUCUUGGAGAACGCCGACCAGAGAAUGGAGUACGAGGUGGAGAAGAUGCUCCUUUCACAGGACUCGCCAGGCAUAAUGCAGAGUAACGUCUUCUUCAGCGGUUCCAGCAAACCGCUGUACAAGAUCUCGCAUCACAUACAGAAGCAACAGGUCAAGUCCAAGCGACACUUGCAUCGAUGGUGGCUGCUCCGACGUCACUACGUCAUCUUGUUGUUGAUUGCGUUUCCUCCGCUCGUCAACUACAUCAUUGUGACACAGUUGCUGGACUACCCCUCGCGCGCCGCGCUGGUCUUCGACUGGACCUGCAUGCACAUGCUCUCCGUAGCGGGCGUGUGCGUUGGCCUGGCCGUUGACAGCUUCACGACGAGCACGCGCCAUAGCGUUCAGUGGGGCACGUUCAAGAAUAACAUCGUGUCCUGCAUCCUCAUCGGGGCUGCCCACUCUCUUCUCCUCUUCCGGCACUAUUUUCCCUUUGGUGGGUCCUACUACUUCUCCACCCUCACUUCCCGAUUCAUCACCAGCUUCUGCGGCAGUGAGAGCUCCUUUGCUGGUCUGGUGGACGAGACCGCUGUCCUCUUCCAUGCGCGAGUUCAAAAGUGGACAUGGGUUCGCAACAUCGGCUACAACCUCUUCCUGUGCACGCUCGUCUUCCUGGUGGUCAUCUUCGCCGUGCGGUUCUCCGUCUUCUUUCACUACUUUGGUCCCGAGACCGCCAAGCUGUACAUAUGCGGCGUAUUCAACCAGUGCUGA